AUGCCAAGGAGACGAAACGGUGAGAUACCCUUGCCCGACGGAUGGGAUUAUGCGAGGGACUUUGACGGAAAAUUGUAUUUCAUCGACCACAACAGUAGAAAAACGACGUGGAUCGACCCGCGAGACAGAUAUACAAAGCCACAGACAUUCGCGGACUGUAUCGGCAAUGAGCUGCCGCUCGGCUGGGAGGAGGCCUACGAUCCACAGAUCGGACGUUAUUACAUCAAUCAUGUCAAUCAGGUGACGCAGUUGGAAGACCCGAGGCUAGAAUGGCUCAGCAUCCAGGAGGCGAUGUUGAGGGAGUACCUGCACACGGCGCAGGUGUCUCUCGAGGCAAAGAAAGAAAGGCGCGACGUGAAGAAGCAAAGGCUGUGUUUGGCGCAGGAUGAGUACAAGCAUUUAAACAAUGAGUACUCAACGCUUACUGCCUCUAGAACUAGUCUUUGUUCAUCAACAACGUCGAUGACUACAACGUCCACGACGUCACGACAUGAUCCGGAGCUCCUCCGAUCGGAAGUGAUACAAGCUCGUGGACGAGUCACCCAGCUUAGAAAGGAAUUAAAACAAGCUAGAGCUGAAGUCGCCAGCGCUAGACGAGGAGUUGACACGCUCACUGAAGUGGAGCAAAAAAUAAGCGCACAACAGGGCUGCUAUAAUAUCACGGAAGCCCAAGCUAUCAUGACCGAAUUAAAAAAUAUUCAGAAAUCACUCACAUCUGGUGAGAAAGAGAGAGCAGAUCUUAUGCAAUCUCUUGCAAAGUUAAAAGAUGAUUUAACGAGAUUGCAACUUGGCGACGCAUCACCAGACCUGUCUACCUUAACGCUUCCUCAAGAAAAACUAAGCACUGCUUCGCAAACGGAUUUAUGUGCUGAUUUAGUACCUAUCGGUACAAGAUUAGCAGAAAUGGCGCGGGUUCGCCUACAGUACGACGAAGCUAGAAAACGAAUACAACAAAUUCAACAACAGCUAGCAGAUCUUGAAGAUAAAGUGCAGCCCGGACAGGCUGAGUCAGACAAGGAUAGAUUACUACUCUUCCAAGAGAAAGAGCAAUUGUUAAGAGAAUUAAGGAGUAUCACUCCAAGAACGAGAUCUAAGCAAGAAAUGAGUGAAAUUGAGAUUGAGUGUAAAAGAUUAGAACAGGAUUUGAAAACCGCAUUUGAAAUGUCCAGUAAAUGUAUCACUGAUCGAUUAAGAUUACACGAAGAGAAACAAUUACUUCUGCAGCAGUUGAAAGAUGCCCUUACGUCAAUGACUACUUUAGAAGGACAAUUAAAGACUUUGUCAGCUAGUACCUUGUCUGUAUCUAGUAGUUCAAGUUUAGGGUCUCUGUCCACUGCUAGUAGUAAAGGUUCAUUAAGUUCUGGGAUUAGCUUUACGGAUAUAUAUGGCGGACCUCAAAUCGCUACGUUUUUUCAAGCUGACAAGCCUAUUGAUAUGGUUGAUUUACAUAAAAGAGUUGAAAGGUUACUUCGUGGUAACAGCUAUAACACAGACAGCGUGACGCCUGGAGCGAGCAGUUCUCCUUCACAACCAUCAUUAUCCCCUAGGAGUAGUUUGUCGUCAGCUAGUCCGCCGCCGCCCCCACCACCUUACAACCAGGUCGAAAGACAACGGCGGCAGCAGAGAGAAUUAGAGGAGAAACUAGCAGAAAUGAGAAUAGGUGUUGCGACUGGAUUGAAUGAAAUCACCGGACUUGCAACAAUUCCAGUACAGCUUCAAGGUCCAGGACGACCGUUGGAGCCAUUAUCACCAAUAUCCGAGACGCCCCCACCUCCCUCGCCAAGAACUCCCUCUUCUAGUGGUACCAACACUAGAUCAGUAUCUGCGGCAGUGAGUGACGAAUCGGUGGCGGGUGACUCCGGUGUAUUCGAGGCAGCGCAGGCCGCUAAUGAUCCCAGUAACGCCGUGAACAGUGCACAAAUUGAAAUCAAAUUGCGCUACUGUCCAGACGAGAGUAUGUUGGAGAUCGGCAUAGUGCGUGCGCGCAACCUACACGCCUUGUUCAUAGAUAUUGGCACGGAAGUUGGUGUCCGGUGCGCGCUGGUGGUGGGCGGCGGGUGCGGCGUGGCGUGGACGGGCGACACGGCGGCGUGGCGCGGCGGCGCGCUCGUGUGGCGCCACUCGCGCCGCGCGCCGCUGCCCGACGCGCGCCACCUGCGCGCCGCCACGCUGCAAGUCAACCUCGUGGCGCACAACGAGUGUCUCGGUUGUGCGCAAGUGAGCUUAGCAGACUUUGAGCCAGACUCAGUGUCCCAGAAGUGGUACAACAUACUCAGCUUUAGAUGUAUGAGAAGGGACGAAAGUUCGGACGAGAGCACCGUUAUAUCUUCGCAAACGUCUACACUUACUCGGAAUAGAGGUCCAGAAAGUAUGACGGGUGCAGAGUGUAACGUGGAUUGUGGAGAUAAUUCAGCGUCAGAAGAUGAAGAGUCUAGAGAACCACUAAAUCAGAUAGUGGAGGAAGACUCGUUUGAGGAUUACAUUCCUGAGGAGGACUUGGCUUUAGAAGAUGAGUACCUACACCCAACCACUGCGGAGAAGGAAACCAAUACCGAGUGUAACUUUUGUCCGGAAGGUGCGAGGCAGUUGCAUAGAAGGAAAAGCGAACAAGCGAACGCUCUGUCGGAACCUCUGGCCACAAUCAAGCGAUCUCAGACGUUCUCGCCACAACCACAGAGCUUCGCCAAAGCACAAUAUAUAUGCAGACUAAACCGUUCGGAGUCGGAUUCAUCAAUGGCAGCAUACCGUCGUGUGACGUUACAACCGCCACCCUCCGGCAUUCCAUUCGACAGGACUGUGCGCGAGCGCCGAUCGCUUAGGUGGGGCCGGUCGCUGGGCGCGGCGGGCGCGGGCGCGGGCGGCGCGGCGCGCGGCGCGGGCUGGCGGCGCGCGCGCACGUCGCUGGACCUGGCGCUGGACCUGCGCGCGCAGCACACGCGCCUGCACGACCUGCGCUCCGAGAUCGCCAACCUCACCACGCUCAAGAAGAGACUAGAGGAAGCGUGUAACCGCGGUGAUCCGGCCGUGGCGGCGUGGGUCGCUGAAGACGACACUCUCCGAAGACUAGUGGACACCACCUCGCCGCCCAGCGACCGCGCCUCGCGCCUGCUGGCCAGGACCGCGCGGAACAUCUACCGGCUCAGGAAGUCACGGCAAGGCAGUCGGAAGCCAGACCUCGUCACUUUCAAGGAAAAAAUGGCCUUCUUCACUCGCACCAAAUCAACCAUGCCUGUGUUACCUGGUGAGGAAGGGGACGACAUUCUAUCCGAAGACGACUGGGAGGACGAGCUCGAGGAACGACGCACUCCGGACGGACGCUCCUCCAAGACCUCCUAUGAACUUCGACGUGAGGGUCAGAGUAACGUGGUGGAGUGUAAAAACCCCUGCUUGGAAGAACCCAAGGACGACACUAAGACUGAUGAGGUGAGGUAUGAAAUUGGAUUGGUUGACAGAGCACUCGGUGUACAGGUUUGA